CGCUAACGUUGACAAAAAAAAAGUCGCUAAGAAAUCAUCCGAUCAAAAUCUCAUUCCCUUCUUCUACUCAAACCCUAAUUUCUGCCUCCACGACUCCUUUUGAUUCGAUAGAGAUGUCACAGAAGGAGAAAGCAAUGGAAGCCAUAAAAGACGCUUUUCGAGCCUUGCGGAAGCGCCAUAUUCUGGAAGAAGGAGCUCAUGGUCCCGCCAUUUCUGCGCUCUCUAAACCUAUGAUUUCUCAGGGAUCCGAAUGGAAGGAGAAAACAGAAAAACUGGAAUUAGAGCUACAACAAUGUUACAAAGCGCAAUCCCGAUUGUCUGAACAAUUGGUGAUUGAAGUAGCUGAAUCCAGAUCUUCAAAGGCUUCUUUACAAGACAAGGAGUUGUUGAUUAAUGACCUGGAGAAAGACUUAUGCCAAACAAGGGAGGAGUGUACACGAUUACAAGAAGAGGUAGUGGAAAAGACCAAGACGCUGGAUUUGCUUAUUAGUGAAAACAAGGAAGUCCGAUCUCAUCUGGAGGAGAUGACAAACAGAGCUCAAAAAGCCGAGUCUGAGAACAAAAUGUUAAUUGAUCGGUGGAUGUUACAGAAGAUGCAGGAUGCAGAACGUCUGAAUGAGGCAAAUGCUCUCUAUGAAGAAAUGCUAGCUAAGCUUAAGGCCAAUGGUUUGGAAAAUCUUGCUAGGCAGCAAGUUGAUGGAAUUGUCCGACGCAAUGAAGACGGAACCGAUCAUUUUGUUGAGUCAACCGUUCCAUCAACAUGUAGCCACCGUAUCCAUGCUCACGAAGGUGGCUGUGGUUCGAUAGUCUUUGAGUACAACUCUCGUACUCUGUUUACCGGUGGACAAGACCGAGCAGUAAAAAUGUGGGACACCAAUAGUGGGUCUCUAAUCAAAAGCUUACACGGUUCCCUUGGGAAUAUACUUGAUCUAGCAAUAACCCACGACAAUAAGUCCCUGAUCGCAGCAAGCAGCUCUAACAAUUUGUUUGUGUGGGAUGUAAACUCUGGUAGGGUACGUCAUACUCUCACAGGCCACACAGAUAAAGUCUGUGCUGUGGAUGUGAGCAAGUUCUCGAGCAGACAUGUUGUCAGUGCAGCUUAUGACCGUACUAUUAAACUCUGGGAUUUGCAGAAAGGUUACUGCACUAACACCGUACUCUUUACUAGUAACUGCAAUGCGAUCUGCCUCAGCAUAGAUGGCCUUACGGUAUUCUCAGGCCACAUGGAUGGGAAUCUUAGGUUAUGGGAUAUUCAGACUGGGAAACUUCUGUCUGAAGUAGCUGGACAUUCUUCCGCUGUAACCUCUGUAUCAUUGUCCCGGAAUGGAAAUAUGAUCUUGACGAGCGGGAGAGACAACGUGCAUAAUGUAUUCGAUACACGGACUUUGGAAGUUUGCGGGACGUUGAGAGCAUCAGGGAACAGAUUAGCAUCGAAUUGGAGCCGGUCGUGUAUAAGUCCAGAUGAUGAAUACGUGGCUGCGGGAUCUGCGGAUGGAACGGUGCAUGUCUGGUCCAUAUCCAAAGGCAGUAUAGUGAGCACUCUCCGGGAGCAAACAUCUCCUAUACUGUGUUGUUCUUGGAGUGGGAUUGGGAAACCAUUGGCAUCGGCUGAUAAAAACGGGUAUGUCUGUACUUGGACUUGAUUGUUCGAUUACUCAAUACGUCUGGUCGUGUUCGUCUGAUGAAGUGUUUUUGUAUAUAAUUGGCUUUUAAUGUUCAUUUGUUUAAAAAAGAUAUACAAUAAACACCCAAUGCAAGUUUGCAUGGCAUUAUACUCAAACGUAUCGGAUGCUAAAUUUAGACUGUCUACAUCCACACUGGUUUUCGUUGUUAACCCCACAACUUCAUUAUAUAUUUUAAAAUCAAG